CGAAGAACGCGGAGGGGAGAAAAGUCGAUGGUACCGUGUGUUGUUGGCCCCGAACAGUCGCCAUCGACGCGCAACAACUUCACAUUUUCUUAUCGAUAAACACACCAACAACCACACCAUCCCUUUCGUCGGAAACCCCGAGCCGAGGAGAGACGAGUAAUCAGUGCAACAGUUAUGUCAGUGCAGUAAAUUAAGUGGCUCCAGAAAAUCAAACUGACCAACGACCCAACGACAAACAAAAAUAGUCGAAACGAUCCGUCGAGAUGAAGGGGAGGGAAAAAUUGUGUGCGAAAUUGAGCAGCGCCUUUCUCAGAAAAUGGUGGUUCGUUGUGGCUCUGUCGGUCGGCGUGCUGCUCUUCGGAGUCAUCGUACUGAUCUUCUUCUCCACAUGGGUCAAUUUGGUCGUAAAUCACGAAAUCACCCUAAAAGACGGGUCAAAGACGUUCGGGUGGUGGGCGAAGCCGCCGGUGGUUCCCACGAUCAAGGUCUACAUCUACAACGUGACGAACGCCGAUGAGUUCCUCAACAACGGCUCGAAGCCGAUCGUCGACGAAUUGGGGCCGUACGUUUAUGUAGAAAAAUGGGAGAAGAAAAACAUCAAAUUCCACGACAACGGAACGGUAUCCUUCAACCAGGAGAAGAUCUACCACUUCGACGAGAGCCAGUCGGUCGGAUCUGAAGACGACGUGGUCGUGGUGCCGAAUAUUCCGAUGCUGAGUGCGACAUCCCAGUCGAAGAACGCAGCCAGAUUCCUCCGUCUGGCGAUGGCCAGCAUCAUGGACAUCCUCAAGAUCAAACCGUUCGUCGAAGUGUCCGUCGGCCAGCUGCUCUGGGGCUACGAAGACCCACUCCUCAAGCUAGCCAAAGACGUGGUGCCCAAAGAGCAGAAACUACCUUACGAAGAGUUCGGCCUCAUGUACAACAAAAACGGCACGUCCAAGGACACGGUGACGAUGUUCACGGGCAGCUCGGACAUCACAAAGUACGGCCUCAUCGACAAGUUCAACGGCAUGCCGAACAUGUCCCACUACAAGACCGACCAAUGCAACAGUCUCCACGGUUCGGACGGUUCGAUCUUCCCGCCGCACAUGACCAAAAACACGACGGUGCACGUGUACGAUAAGGAUCUCUGUCGGUUGCUUCCUCUCGUUUUCGACGAAGAGGUGGUGGGCAGCAACGACGUGCCGGCGUUCAGGAUGACGCCGCCGAAGAACGUCUUCGACAAUCCGGAGGACAAUCCGGAGAACGAUUGCUACUGUCCCCACGGACCGCCCUGUGCACCCUCAGGGUUCUUCAACGUGUCUUUGUGUCAAUAUGAUUCUCCUAUUCUGUUGUCCUUCCCGCACUUCUACUUGGCCAACGACAGCUACAGAACCGCAGUUGAAGGAAUUUCACCACCAGAUCCGGAGAAACACAAGUUCUUCAUCGACAUUCAACCGAUGAUGGGAACAGCAAUGAGGGCGAAAGCUAGAGUACAAAUCAAUUUGGCCGUCUCCCAAGUCGUUGAUAUCAAACAAGUGGCAACUUUCCCCGAUAUUAUCUUCCCCAUUAUGUGGUUUGAAGAAGGCCUCGACCAACUCCCCGACGAGAUGACCGGAUUGAUGAAGCUGGCCAGUACGGUGCCGCCGAUAGCGAAACUGGUCCUGGUCGUCUGUCUGUUCGUCGUGGGCGCUCUGAUGCUGCUGGUGGCCGUUUGGCGGAUCGUGAGGGGCGCCAACCGCCUCAACUCGCUGCACCUGGCUCCGGGGCACGUGGGCAAGCCGCCGGGCAAGGACGUGCCCAUGGGCAACGUACCCAGAACGUGAUCUACUGAACAGCUAUUAGGAAAAUCUCGUUUUGUUUGUUUUAUUUUGAUCUGAGUGUUGCUCAUCGAACCAAAAUUUCGACUGAAUGGACUGUUUUGUUUUUUUUUUUUAUUAUUAUUACUAUUAUUAUUGGUUUGUAAUUUGAUUUAAAAGACAAGGGUGGAUUAUGUCAUCUACGUUCAUCGGUUAGGACAUUUUUACUUACAAUUAGGGAUUCAUUUUUUCGUUUAUUGUUUUAUAUAUUAUUUCUUUUUGUGUAAAUACGCAACAAGAUGAGCUUGUUGUUUUAGAGAAAAUUUUAUCCGUCCAUUUUUUUUUUGUAUAUUGUCUAGUUAGUCCUGUCAAAUUAGGUUUUAUACUGGUUAUUUGUAUUAUAUUUUUAGUACAAUAAAUUUUUAUAAGAA